AUGACAAUUUUAGGUUCAAUCGUUUCAUUAUCAAACCCAACUAAAUCCGUAAAGAAUCAAUUUAUCUAUAAUUCCUCAGGUUUAAAUGGUAGACUUCAAGGAUCAAAUGCUAGUGCUGGAAAAAUUGGUGAUGUUAAUAGAGGUAUUGCCACAGUAAUUGGUGAAACUACUGGAAUUGUUGCUGGUGCAGUCAUUGGUGGAUUAGAUUAUGCAAUUGAAGGUGCACUUGCAGGUAUAGCUAAAGGUUUUGCUUUUGGUAUUCUUUAA